AUGCCAACGUGGUGCCUCAUCAUUGACUUGACCACUUCAUAUUCGGCCCACAUGCCUACCGAUGAGUGGAGCCGGUGCAUGCAGGGCGUGAAUGGCGUGUUCGAUGUCGCCACGUCGACUCGUGAGCGCUGUGUGUGUGCAAUGCCCGUGAGUCGUUUGGCGUGUUGGGGCUCGAGCCAGACUCCCUUCGCCCAACCCCGUCCCAUGCCCAGAGCUAGUGCCCGCCUAGUUCCGAGCCUCGUUUGCAUCUUUUCGCGAUUUCGGCCGUCUGUCAACUUCUAUGGCCCGCGGUUUCGUCGUGUUCUGCACAACGCCGGGUCCCACGCCACUCCUCCAUUCAGUCGCCUCUCAUGGCCACCCCCGACUGCUCAUCCGCAAACCCUUGCCCAUUCGGUGUGUGUCGACACGUCCCAGCCCCAGAUAAGCUAA